GCCGCGUGAAAACAACUCGUAUCAACCAGCAAUCUUAUCUCCUGGCUCCUCUGCCGUAAGUAUCGACCUGUCAGAGCGUGUUUGUGGGGAGCCAUGCAGCGUCUGAGAGCGCUGCGUCUGUCCAGCUCUGUCCAGCUGAUCGUCAAACACACAGACUCAUUUAGGAAGGUUUUCGUCAUCCAGCCAGCAUGUUGUCUGACCACGAAAUCCACAACGACGUCCCAGAAACCACCGACUACACGCCUGGAUCACUUCCAUGUCAAAACGAACAUUCAUUCAAAUUCCGCCAGCUCGGGCGUGGAAGACCUGCUUUUCUACACCAUCACGGAUGGAAAAGAACAAGUCCCCAUUUCCUACUUUACCUCAGCCCUGAAGAAAACCGGCCUUCACCCGUCAGACCCUCGUCUGAAGGACUGCAUGGAUGAGCUUCGACAUGCUGUGAAUGAAUCUGUUAGUGAGGUGAUGAUGGACAGAGACCUUUUCCACAGAUGUGUUGGUGGGAACAUCGUCCUGCUGAUCCAGGCCUUCAGAAAGAAAUUUGUCAUCCCGGAGUUUGACGUGUUUGCACAAAAAAUAAAUGAGAUCUACGACACGGUUCAAACCCAACGUAAUGGGAAGGUGGCAGACUACAUCCCCCAACUCGCUAAAUUUAGUCCAGAACUGUGGGGGGUGUCUUUGUGUACAGUGGACGGACAGAGGCACUCGGUGGGCGACACCAAGCAGCCGUUCUGCCUGCAGUCCUGUGUGAAGCCCUUGCAGUACGCCAUCGCCGUCCAUGAGACGGGAACAGAGCGGGUUCACCGUUACAUCGGCAUGGAGCCCAGUGGACUCAAGUUCAACAUGCUCUCGCUUGAUGAUGAAGAUAAGCCCCACAACCCCAUGGUGAACGCUGGAGCCAUAUUGAUCAGCUCUCUUAUCAAGCCUCAUUCAAAUAAGGCAGAGAAGUUUGACUAUGUUAUGGAGUUUGUGAAAAAGAUGGCUGGCCAGGAGUAUGUGGGAUUCAGCAAUGCCAUGUUCCAGUCAGAAAAAGAAACGGCCAACAGAAAUUUUGCCAUUGGAUACUACAUGAAAGAGAAGAAGUGUUUUCCUCCGGGAGCUGAUAUGAUCGAUUCCCUGGACUUCUACUUCCAGCUUUGCUCCAUCGAGGUGACCUGUGAAUCCGCAAGCGUCAUGGCUGCCACUCUGGCCAACGGGGGGAUCUGUCCAAUCACAGGCGAGCUUGUCCUGAGUGCGGAGGCGGUGCGGAACACUUUGAGUCUCAUGCACUCGUGUGGCAUGUACGACUUCUCUGGCCAGAUGGCUUUUCAUGUGGGCUUGCCGGCCAAAUCCGGGGUGUCCGGUGCCAUACUGCUGGUGAUCCCGAACGUGAUGGGAGUGUUGUGUUGGUCUCCUCCUCUGGACAGAGUUGGAAACAGCGUCCGGGGAAUUCACUUCUGUCAGGAGCUCGUUUCAGUCUUCAAUUUCCACAAUUAUGACAACCUGAGGCACUUUGUAAAGAAGCAGGAUCCUCGCCGACCGGAUGGAGAUGACAGGAACAAGUCAGUUUUUAAUUUGAUGUUCGCCGCCUACAGUGGGGACGUGUCUGCCCUGAGAAGGUUCGCUCUGUCGUCCAUGGACAUGGACCUGAAGGACUAUGAUUCUCGAACAGCGCUUCAUAUCUCUGCAGCAGAGGGUCAUAAAGAUGUGGUGACGUUCCUUACUGAAAUCUGCAAAGUUGAUCCUUUUGUAGAAGACAGGUGGGGCAACCUCCCAGUCGACGACGCCAUGCAGUUCAGACAUGAGGAGGUGGUGAAGGUGCUGAAAGACUACCAGCAGGUCUACAGGCAACAGGAAGCACAGCACCCUGAGGCUGAGCGUCCCCCAAUUCUGAACACCAUCGAGAGCAUAGUGUGAUGUAUCGCAUGCAACUCGUCAGGGAGUUUGUGCAAUCUGUCAAGUUUUGAAAUGUGUCGGUCCAUUUGUAGCACCCAAAAGGAGUUUAAAGAAAUACCAGAAGAUGACUGUAACAUAAAUUAACAAUGCAAACUGCAGUGAAGGAAAAUGAUGAGCAGGUGAAAAGGAAAACUUGAAACGAAGAUCAAAUGCAAACAAUGAGGCAGAGAAAAUAGAACAAAACAAGCCAAUAAAAUACAACCAUUUGUGAUGUUGUGCCAUCUAUAUAUGCUGUAAAUAGAUCAAGCAUAAUUUCAAAUCUGUAAUGCUGAAAUACAUCAACCUGCACACAAUGUUUGUGUUGGGUUUUAUGUAGCAGAGUAUUGUAAAAGAUUUGAUGGAUAUUAUUUAUACUUGCAAUGUUUCACAUUACUUACACAAUACAUUUUUCCAGUUUUUUAUUUAUACUAUUGUGUCUUGUUGGAACAUCUGAAUAUGUACUAAAAACUAAUUGACAUGAUUGGAUGUAAAAACUCAAAUUCUCCGUUUUGUAAAAGGGAAACAAGGGAAGGAAUUGUACAUUAUCCCAAAAAACAUAAUGUAGGAUAUAUUGUUUUUUAAUAUUUUUCAGCUGUAAAUAAGUGCACUGGAUUCCUAAUAAUACAUUAUUAUACAUAAUGUCAUAACAUUUAUGCACAUUGUAUCUCUUCAUAAACGAGAAAUUCCAAAAAAGUAUUCACGUGAAACUAUUUGACAUUGAAAAAAUCCAUUAAACAUUUUUUUUAUCUGCCACCCAUCGUAUCAUUUUGCUUUGAUUUAUUGGUAUUGUGGUAGUCAAUGCGUCAUGCAGUCAGUAAUGAGUUGUUUGCAACCAAAAAAUCAGCUGAAUGUAGAAACAAGAUGGAGAAGCUGCAGGAGACGUGUGACAUUGUCAGGAGGGGGUCGGUACUAAAUUGUUUUAAAUGCAAUUAGUACAAGAGUUUGUUAUGAAAAAUUAUAUUUUCUCAGAAAAAGCUAGACAUUCAGAUAGUGAUGAUAAAGGAUACAACUAAUGUAUGCUAAGUCAUGGCCAUCUCAUUUUAAAAGGCUUUCCCUCUUCUUUAUUUAUAGGUAUGAGAGUUAAUCACUGUUGACAGACUGUCCCCUCACUGACCUGUGGCUGGUAAAAGCUGAGCUGCAGCAUGGUGGCUGUGACCACGGUAUGCAGUUGUCCUAGCUUCCACCAGGUGGCACUGUGUUCCCAUCAGAAGGGCUUUCUGUAAACCCACAGCAUCAGUGGCAUAGGACUGCACAGAGCGUCUUAGAUACCUGCAGAGAUACAGAGCGUCUUGAUUACCUGCAGAGAUAACGAGCAUCUUAGAUACCUGCAGAGAUACAGAGCGUCUUAGGUACCUGCAGAGAUAAAGAAUGUCUUAGGUUUCUGCAGAGAUACAAAUCAUCUUAGGUACCUGCAGAGAUAAAGAGCAUCUUAGGUACCUGCAGAGAUAAAGAGCAUCUUAGGUACCUGCAGAGAUAAAGAGCAUCUUAGGUACCUGCAGAGAUAAAGAGCAUCUUAGGUACCUGCAGAGAUACAGAGCAUCUUAGGUACCUGCAGAGAUAAAGAGCAUCUUAGGUACCUGCAGAGAUAAAGAGCAUCUUAGGUACCUGCAGAGAUAAAGGCCUGUAUUGAACUGGGUUAGGAGCAGAACAUCAAGUAGUAAAUGUAGUCAUCCAUUUUUGAUAACGUGGAACAGUGUGUCUCGUGCUCUCUGUUGUCAAUAAAAGAACGUUUAAUCCCUGUCUUUUGGAAGAUUGGGGUCCAGUACUGUUCCUGUAAAAAAUUAACUGGGCCUCUUUAUCAGCAGGGCAGACUGGUGUUAGAUUGUGAAUGAUUUGAUUUGGUCGAUAGGAAAAUCAAUAAAAACCAGCACAAUAGAUGAUUACCAUAAAUCAAAAAUAGAUAUUUUUCCCAUCGACCUAUUUUAGUAAUAUUUAUCAAUCUUGAUUGUUUUGGUGCGAGUGGCUUAGUUUUGGAGCCAUUGGCUGUCGAGAUGUCUGCCUGCUCUCCAAUAUAAUGGCACUAGCCGGCACUCGGCACAAGUCGUGUGCUAUAUUGUCCCAUUAUUUUGGAGAGAAAGCAAACAUCUACAAAACUAGAUUGAUGAAUCGCACUACGAGUAAGGAAAAAUAAGUAUUUUCUUUAUUUUGUGGUGAACUGUCCCUUUAAAGGUUCUCAUUCAGAUCGUUAUUUCAGCAGCAAACACAUAUGCUGAGUAAUUUCUUCUUGGAGUGGAUAAUUUUCCGGUAAUUACAUUGUUGAACUAUUUUGACACAUAGAAUUUUCAGAGACGCUGUGAUUUCCAACAGUUUUGAAAGCCUCCAAUGACUUGCCAAUUAUCUUCCAACGCGGCGGGUAAUCAACCAGCACAUAACCCGCCACACAGCCCAGAUCUUGUUAUUGUUUAGUCUGCGAGUUCUUAUUAAUUCCAAGCCUUGAUAGUAGUCAUGAUUUAUCAGGCUAACUGGUGUGAACAGUGAUUUAGUGGAGGUUGUUGUGGGACAAGAUGUGGUCAAUUGGCAGGGAUCCAAUCUGUAGUCGGAGUUUAGGGUGGCUUCAGUGGACAAACCUGUGGAGAUGCAUGAGUCAAAGGAAAUACCCAAACAUGGACCAGAAUCUUUAGCAGAAUGUGUGUUCACAACAGCCUCGUGUGGUUAAAUAGAGAGGUGAAAAUGUUUCAUCACUAGAAUAUGAUUAAUCAAGCAGAAUAAAAUAAUGGAUGAGUUGUAAUUAGGUGUUUCUCAUUAAAGUCUGGUACAGAGAGAUUCCACAUACAUUGACCUUUUGGUUUAGUUCUAUCAGAUGAGAGGUAAAUCAUGUUGUAAGCCGGUACAUGUUGUGCUGAUUAACUCAGGUAAUAAACAGAAAUUAGGUUUGCAGCCUCAAAGGGAUGUGCUGAGAUUAUAAUAGAUAUUAACAAAGCCACUGUAUUGUUUUGUUUGCGCUUCCUUUCAAUGUAUACAUCAAAAAGUUAUUUUUAAAUACAAAUAUUUUAGCACAUAAGAAACAAUUAACCUUGAAAAUAUUGUAUACAACAUAUAGUAUGUGGCUAUUCUACACAGUCCAACUCUAAAUAUCUCACUUAUCUUUGUUUAAGUACAUUAAGUAUAAACUUUUAAGGUACAAUACUAAGACUUUACGUGAGUAUGUCGUGCUACUUUAACUCCACGACGGUACCAAACAGUUUAAAAAGUACUUAAAAAUACCUCCAACCCAAACCAGCUUAAACAUGAAAAGGCUUCUUACAUAAAUCAAUAAUAUUAAUAAUCCAGUAACUUUAAAUAAUCUAUUUUUCCUCCAAGCAUAAAACAAGUGUGAGUGUUCCUCUCACUCGUUAGACAUGCAGUUGGUGUUCCACUUAAAUCUCCACCAGAUGUCGGAGUGACAGCAGGACAAUAUGACGUGGAUUUGCUGCAGGAUGUGAAGCCAUCAUCGCCACCAUAUAGCCACACACACAAACACACUCACACACACAUAUCGAUAUCUAUAUAUAUAUAUAUAUCUAUAUAUAUAUAUGUCCUGCAGAGUGAUCUGUUUGGACUUGCAUUCAUACAGCCUUCUAUGAAUGUGUAAAGACUCUCAGGAAGUCUUAAAAGUGUCACACAAAAAUAAAUAUAUGUAUGUGAGGUUGAUUCAUCCAGUGGGAAUAUGACUCUUCCCAAAAACGUUGUUGUUAAUUUUUCACAAACACAGAGACGGUGGACUAACUAUUGUUGUCAUGAAAGUAUCAUUUGAAGCCCUGCGACGAAAUAUUGUGGUUGUUACGUUUUUGAUAGUUUCUCAAAAAGGGCAAAUAGUCUAAUAAAUUGAGAGAAAAAAAAUAUAUAUAUAUAUACUCUUUUUCGUGUUAUACUAAGAAAAAUAAAAUUGUGCUUCUCCUCAUGCUAUGAUGUUUGUUUUUCAUCUGAUAUCCAGUUUAUCUUUUCUGACAGCUAUGUUCUCCCUCUGUGCCAUCUCAUAACUUCAGAUUGACUUUAAAUAAUUUUGUAGGUGUUUGCUUUGAAAAUGUGUUUGAUUUGAAAAUGAUUCGACAAACUUUCAUACGGCGAAUGUAUAAAAAAAAAUUGUUAUGAAUAAAGGCAUCAUUCCGAGAGACCGCUCAAAAGUC